AUGUCAACUUCGAAAGCACAAUCACGUGAACCUCUUAAUACAAGACAACGAUCAAUUCUUACUGCAUUUUAUGAUAAAAAUCCGUAUCCAUCAGCAAGUGAACGUGAACAACUUGUUCAAUUGACUGGUCGAACAUUGAAACAAAUUCAAGAUUGGUUUUCUAAUCGACGACGCAAUGAUCCAAAGUUAGUAACGGGUAAAGUAACUUCUACUUCGUUACCUCAAACACCUCCAUCAAUACCAAUGCAACCAAUUUACUACUAUACACCUGCACCUCCACCGAUGUCAACCAUUUGUCCAUGUUGUUACUUCACUCAAUCGUCUUCAGUAAUUGAUCAAUCGAUUUAUCCUCCUUGUCCAACAUUUUACUAUCCUCCAUCAAAUAAUACUUUUCAUUCGUGA